AUUCCGACCACUUGUCCAUAAAUUCACAUAAUACAGGUUGCUUAAAUGGUACAGAGUUCCAGUUGCUCCCAAGCUGUCAGUCACACCUUAAUUUCCUUCAUAAAUAUUUACCUUGAAAAUAUUUUAAUUCGACAAAAUGAAUUCAAAAAUCGCGCUCUUCUUAAUUUUAAAUGCUUUCACGUUAGCCUCUAGUUUGGAGAGUAUUGGGGAUUUUGAGGGAAAAUUUUAUUGGAUUGAGCCCGUCCAUAUGAACUACACCGCUGCGAACGCUUUUUGUCAACGUUUCGGUUGGGCGCUCACGACGGUGGAAGGAGCGGCAGAAUUUGCCUAUUUAAAAACCACCAUUGCCGGGCAUACGGAUGGAAAUGCUUUUUGGACGUCCGCGACAAGUAAUGUGACGCAUUACUGGGGCGGCGGUACGGGUGCGGUCCUCCCCCCGGCAACCUACCCGGUUGUUGUGGAGCCCAUGUGCGUCGUAUUCUGGGGACCGGCCCUUUUCGCGCAUCCCUGCAUCGGCGGCCCCACCCUCCAAUACUUCCCCCUCUGCCAGAUGAGAAACGCCUUCGCAGUCAAAGACGUCGAACUUGUGGAACAAUAUUAAAUUUUGCAUAGUAUAAAAAUGUAAAUAAAAUUUCUAUUAAAAAACUAUUAUUUUAUUGCGGA